CCGGGGCUGCCGCCGCCGCCGCUGCCGCCGCUGCCAGAGGCAGAUCCGAGAUAUAAAAGACCUGGCCGGGCGCCGGGCUCCGCUUUAGUCCUGCCGUGGCGAGAGGCCCACAGCGGAGCGACAGCAGCUCGGGGCUGGCCGAGGGCAACCCCAAUGCGUGGACUAUCCGCCGCUGCAGCAUGCUGGAGCUACAGUUCAGCUGAAGGGAGUUUGCACACGGCCGGCUGGGCUGGACUGCAGCGCUGCCGUUCCUUAUGAAGAAGGCACAAACUUGGAUUAUCACUUGCUUUUGUCUUCAACUACUCCUACUUAAUCCUCUUGUCAAAGCCCAGAGUUCCUGCGGGAAUCCAGUGACAGAUGAUGUAAAUGAUAUUGCAAAAUUGGUUGGAAAUCUUCCGAAUGAUUAUCUGAUAACCCUUAAAUAUGUCCCGAAGAUGGAUAGCCUGCCUAAUCACUGUUGGUUGCAUUUGAUGGUGCCUGAAUUUUCAAGGAGUCUACAUAGUCUUCUCCAGAAAUUUUCGGAUAUUUCCGAUAUGUCUGAUGUUUUAAGCAACUAUUCAAUAAUUAAUAACCUCACAAGGAUAAUAAAUGAUCUUAUGGCAUGUCUAGCUUUUGAUAAAAAUAAGGAUUUUAUAAAAGAAAAUGGUCACCUUUAUGAAGAAGAUCGCUUCAUUCCUGAGAAUUUCUUUAGGCUCUUUAAUAGUACCAUUGAGGUCUACAAGGAAUUUGCAGAUUCACUGGAUAAGAACGAGUGCAUUAUGCCUUCAACUGUAGAAACACCAGAGAAUGAUUCCAGAGUCGCUGUCACAAAAACAAUUUCGUUUCCACCUGUUGCUGCCAGCUCCCUUAGGAAUGACAGCAUUGGCAGUAAUACUAGCAGUAACAGUAAAAAAGAGGCACUUGGCUUCAUUAGCAGCUCCAGCCUGCAAGGGAUCAGCAUAGCAUUGACAUCAUUGCUGUCUCUUCUCAUUGGGUUUAUUUUGGGAGCCAUAUACUGGAAGAAAACACAUCCUAAAUCCAGACCAGAAAGUAAUGAAACUACACAGUGUCAUGGCUGUCAAGAGGAAAAUGAGAUAAGUAUGUUGCAGCAAAAAGCAAAAGAACAUCUACAAGUGUAGCUGUUGCUUUUUCUCCCUCAACACUGUUACUGUUUCAUGUACUGGCAGGUAACAGUUCCAUGUUUGCUUCAUAAAUGAAGCAGCUUUAAGCACAUUCAUAUUCCUUCUGGAGUGACAGACUGAGUCUGCAUCUGUUGUUGCUGCCCAUGACUCCAUAGACAUGACAUAGAAAUGAGGACAAUUUUGUGUUUCUUACUGUGAAACCAACACUGAAUUGAACAACAAUAAGAAGAGUGUGCACUUAACAGGACUAUACCUUAUGUGAAUAUCUUCUUUGUGUGGCAUUUGGGGUUUUUAAUUGCAUUUGUACUUGCGUCUGACUCCGACAAAGAAAGUACAUGUCCAGAACAAAGAACAUCUUUCAAAUGCCUCUAACUAUAUGGAAACAUUGAAAAUCAUAAAUACCUUUGCAUCCUUAAUUUAAGUUCUGUGUCCUCUACCUUACCUUGGUGUCUUCAAAUGGAAUACUUUGAACUGAGAGAAAAUGCAGAAAUGGAUAUAAGAUAACGCACUCUUCAAUAUUGUAUAUAAAACUUGAAAGUAAAGUCAUGACGUGGACCAGUUUGCUAGCGUUUCACUUAUAAAGAACUGGGUUUAUUCCUGGCAAAAGUCAUGUAUACAGUGACACGUGGCCUCUGUUGUAUGCCAAGUGGCUACAUGCCCACCACGGAAAGCCUCAAGAGUUCAUCAGCUUUGGUGGUGUCUGCUCAGGAGAAGCAAAUACUGGAUGAAGACAAAGUAAACAGGACAUUACAGUACAUCAUGGAGCUUUGAAGCAUUAGAAGUAACUGCUGGAGAUGUGAACACUGGUGAAAUUUCCAGCCAUACCAAGGGAAGGGAGAGUAAAGAGUCUGAAUUGCGUUCAAACAUCAUAAUAAAGACAAAUCCAUGAAAUGCAUUUCAAAUGCUGAAUAUGCAUGCCAUUGAUAACUUGUUCUCAAAUGUAUAGCAUAGAAAAUCUGAAAGAUCCUGAGAGUGUAUUUAGCUUUUACUUACGUCAGCUGUAAUUAAUAUUUGCAUUGUGUUUUUAAUUAUUAGUAAGCUUUACUAUCCUGACAUUCUCCACUCCUAAGAUUAAUUCUCUUGAAACAAAAGAGAAAGGCUUUAAUUUCCACUUGUCUUCUACAACUACUGCUGCUGUAGCAUCCAUGAAAUCUUGUACAGGUUUGAUGUACAGCCAUUCUCAAGAAAAUCCUAAAAAUACUGUGAUAAAAGUUACAAGUACAGUUGUGCAUCUUUUCAUCUUCACUCUUUCUAGAUAAUGGUAAUGAAUCAUUUAUCUGUAUUAGAGGUUUCUACUUUAGAAUGUAAGGGUGGUUCACUUCAGAUGACAAACUGCCAUCCGUCAUCAAACUGGCUAUGUCAGUAAGAAUUUUAGUUUGAGUUACUUGAAAAUGUUGAAAAAAUAAAAAUAAAACAAGGAACACCUUAUUAAUGUUUUGGAGAAAGUUGGAGUUCUCUCUAAAGUAUAGUCUAACUUCACUGUAAAAUCAUAACAUUUCCUGAGUUGGAAGGGACCUCUGAGGAUCAUCAAGUCCUGACUCCACACAGGGCAAUUUAAGAGGCAAACAAUAUAUCUAAUACCAUCAUCCAAAAUCUGCUGGUACACUGAUGGGAUUAAUUUUGAAAGAAUUUUUGUGGAAUUUUUAAUCAUCUGAUAAAUUUUCUGAGAGCUACGCAUAGAAAGAGCAUAACAUAUGUGUAAUAUAAUGUGUGUGUGUGUGUGUGUGUGUGUGUGUGUAUUAUUGGUAAAACUGUUUUGGCUUUCAUACUCACUGAGAAAGAAAAACCUCAGGACUUUAUUAUGAUGACAGAGCUUAUAUGUGCAUUUAGCUACUUUUCUUGGAAUUUUGACACUACUGAAGUCAAUGGUGAAACUUCUUUUGAAUUCACCUGUACCAGGAUUUGAUCACAUAGAUCUAAUUUUUUCCUUUCUUAUACUAAGGCCUGCCUGAGUGUCAGAAAAUAAUAUUUUGUCCACCCUAGGUAUCAGAAAAGUAUUCUCCAAUCUCAUUCAGUUGGCAUAAAUUAGCAUAGUCCCAUUAAUGCUAGCAGAGCUUUGAGGUUUUUAUAAUCUGAGGAAUGUAGCUUAAAUUAUGUGAAAAGAAGCUUGGUGAGAGAAUCAAACCUUCUUUUUUAUUCAGAAGUGCGGGAGCACUCACCACUUAAUGAGAAAUAAUCAAGAUUGCUCAUCAUUUCUGCAAAUAAGGCUCAUUGCAAAUUUUAGAUCUGCAAAAAUUUGCCAAUGUAGUUCUUUACUCACUAGGCCUACGAACUGAAUAAAAGUUACCCUGAAAGAAAUGUCAGCAUGACCGAACUUAUAGGAAAUGUGCACCUUAUGGGUUUUGUGAAGAAUACUGUAUGUAUGUUUUGUCAGAGCUCAAAAGUAUCAACCAACAAUAAGUGGAAGCCACUACCCUUACAUAUUUUACAAAAAAACAUAUUUCGCAUUGCUAUUUUGUAUGUACUCAAAGCUAGUUUAUAUAUUCUAAGUUUUACAGUAUUUUUCAAUGAUUCUUUAAACAAAAAUUUGUAUUUAUUAACAUUCUUUGUUCAUGAGAAUAUUAGUUUUCUUAUACACAUAUUUUCUGGAGAAUCAAAUGCACAAUAACAUUACAUUUUGGUGUGCCUUAAAUUAUAUUUUGACAUUCAAAACACAUGGUGUUUUAGAGUCCUUACUAUACCAUCUACCCAUAAAAUAGUAAAAGAUAAAAUGACAGGUUUAAAUGGAAACAUACAUUAAGCCUAGAUAGAUGGUGACAAAAUAUUCAUGUUCCAAGAGUAAAAUCUUAAAAUAAUAGAUAUGUCACCUUCAUAUGUCACAUUCUUUAAUCUCUGCUAUGGAGUAAAGCAAAUUGAAGGGUACAUGCAAACUCAAAGAAAGUUCAUGCAUAUAACUUCCAACCUGACAUCACAGUCUGUUCUGAUUUUGAGUAUGCACUGAACAUAGUACAACAGAGUAGCAAAACUGUUGAUAGAGUCCAUGGUUUCCCUCUUCUUCCUGCCCAUUUUUGAGAGAUUUGAACAAAAUAUUAGAUGGUCUCAGCCAUUUUGCAAGGCAGAAGGACAUUUCUGGAUAUUUAUAAAUAUGAAUGGAUGGCAAGUGGAUGGCAUGACGCUUGAAAAUGUGAUCAUAAAAAUUAUCUCAAGGUUUCUGUGCCCAAUUUAUCAAUCCACCAAGGAGGACUUAAUUUUACAUGCAUUGAAACUUUGAAAAACUGAUGAUUUGUGAGAUACCUUUGAAUCCAAUUCUGUGAAAGUAGUGGUGGCAGAAAUAGGUAAUUGCUUCUUUAUCCAGCUGUAGCCGGUCUGACCUCUGAAUAGUGAUCACUUCUUCAGACUUUUUGGGUAAACAUUGUAUAAGCUCAAAAAUGAACACCCUUUCUUUUAAAAUGAAUUUGGGGGAAAAGUAAAUGGUUUUGUGUGUUUUGGUUUUCUUUUUUUGUUUGUUUUUUGUUUGUUUUAAAUAAGAAACUCAAUCAAGUUUGUUUCAGAUUUCUAUCAUUUUGUGAGGAACUAACAUUUUUAAGUUUCCUUUGGCAUUGUUGAAUUUUGCAUGCAAUUAAUAGUGGCCUUGUGAUAAUAAAAAGCAGAUAGUGAUAUACAGAGUAACUCAAUGUGCUAUUUUAGGUAUGUGUUUACUUGAAUAAAUUAAUGGUACUUAUUUAAUCACAAGGUCAUUGUAUAAGUAAGCUUAUGAUAGCACCAAUGUGCUAUACUAUGGAGUAUAUGUACAACCUGCACAUGUUUUAGAUUCUGAUCUUCACCAGCUCUGUUUUCUCUGUUGCUCUCUCUUUGUCAUACACUGAGACUAUUCAGUACACACAGUACAAAUAUUAAACAGAAAAGCUAACCAUAUACAUAAAGAUAUUCCGAUUUAGAUCUACAUUUAAGAAUUAUCCAACAUCCUUCAAUUCAGGAAUCUGACAUCUAUUGAAUGCAGAUGUACAGUGAUGGUGGCAUGUUGCUUUUAUGUUAUCAAAGUGACAGAACGCAGUAACUUCAGACUCUUUAGUGAUAGAGACACAGACGUUUGCUGGUUGUAUCAUGGGCAAAUUCAUUUAUCUCAAUGUAAAUGUCAUCACAGUCUUGCAUAGAUACAUUCUGACUGGCAGUAAUAAAAUUUACGUAAUGUG